AUGAGUUCGUUGAUCCAUGUCAUCGGUCGUGACCUCACAAUGAAAAGUCUCAUGUCCCUGCCAAGAUACAACUAUGCUCGCAUCGCGUCACUAAACCGGAGUUUUCGUGAGCUCAUUAGAAGUGGUGAACUUUAUAGGCUAAGAAGCGUUCAUCAAGUAAUUGAACAUUGGGUCUAUUUUUCUUGUGACCCAUUGAAGUGGGAAGCUUUUGAUCCUGUCAACGAGAAAUGGAUGAAUCUACCCAUGAUGGAUACUGACUUAGGCUUCCAGUUCUCGGAUAAAGAGUCCAUGGCAGUUGGCACAGACCUGCUGGUUAUAGGAAAUGAUAUGCUUGGUCCGGGUAUCUACAAGUACAGUUUAUUAACAAAUUCAUGGUCACAAGGGCUGCCAAUGAAUGAACCCAGAUGGUUGCUUGGGUCGGCCAGUUUUAAGAAUAUUGCAAUCUUUGCAGGUGGUGUGGAUCGAAAGGGAAAGAUCAUGGAUGCGGUAGAAAGUUACGACAGUGAGACAGGGACUUGGAAGACACUUCCUAGUAUGAUUAAGCCGCGGAAAUUGAGUUCUGGGGUCUUUAUGGAUGGUAAGUUUUAUGUAAUAGGAGGGAUUAGCAGUAAUGAUUCAAAUCCAUUGACAUGUGGAGAAGAGUAUGAUCUGGAUACCCAAAAGUGGACUGAAAUUCCCAACAUGUCACCUGGAGGUGGCGGACCUGGAAUGGCUCCGCCGCUGCUUGCAGUGGCAAGCAAUGAGUUAUAUGCUGCUGAUUGUGCAGCAAUGGAACUGAAGAUGUAUAGCAAGAAGAACAAAGAAUGGGUUGCUAUUGGAAGGUUGCCUGAAAUAGCACACAGUAGGGAUGGUUGGGGUAUUGCAUUUAGAGGAUGUGGGAAUCGUGUCGUCAUCAUUUGUGGUCCUAGAGAUACCCAGAAUAGAUAUAUAGAGAUAUAUUCAUGGGUCCCUAGCGAAGGGCCACCACAGUGGAUGAGGAUUGGCUGGAAAAGUAGUAAUAACUUUGUCUUCAAUUGUGCUAUAAUGGGCUGUUAA